ACUUAGCGAAUAACAUUGCUUCACGUUUGGGGUUACCGCUUGGGCGUGUAACGCUUUCAAAAUUUUCUAACAAAGAGACAAACGUAGAAAUCCGCGAGAGUGUUAGAGAACAAGAUGUUUACAUUAUACAAUCUGGCUGCGGACAUGUCAACGACAACUUCAUGGAGCUUCUGAUCAUGAUUUCAGCGUGCAAAAUUGCUUCAGCUGCAAAGGUUACUGCAGUGAUACCUUGUUUUCCAUAUGCAAGACAACCUGAUGCUCCCUUUAAAAAAGAUGGUACACCUUUGGGUUAUACAUCUGGUGAUAGUUCUACAUCAAUAACCCCUUGCACAGAAAUAAAGGAUCCGUUAGAUAGAAUCGAACAAAAUUCAGACUCAAAUUGCACUGAUUCGUCACGAUCUGGCAAUGUAAUUCGUAGCAUUGGGGGUGCAGACCACAUAAUGACAAUGGAUCUUCAUGAUCCUCAAUUUCAAGGUUUCUUUGACAUCCCUGUUGAUAAUCUUUACGGACAACCUUUGAUGAUCAAGUGCAUAAAGCAGAACAUUCUAAAUUGGGAGGAAGCGGUAAUUGUUUCCCCAGACGCAGGUGGAGCCAAAAGGCUUCGGGUGGACUUUGCUCUUAUUCAUAAAGAGCGCCGAUCUCAAAAUAAACCUCAUAAGACUGAUAUGAUGCUUGUUGGUGAUGUUAAUGGUAAAGUCUGCAUUCUUAUAGAUGAUAUUGCAGAUACUUCUUAUACAAUUACCAAGGCAGCCAAGAUUCUUUAUGAAAAUGGUGCUCAAAAGAUUUAUGCUAUUAUUACACAUGCAAUCAUGAGCGGCGAUGCCAUUCAACGAAUUCAAGAAAGCAAUAUCGAUCAAAUUUUCGUGAGUGACAGUGUUCCACAAGAUGAGCAUUUGGCACAAUGCCCUAAAAUGAAUAUGUUCAAUGUCGCCCCUAUGUUCGCUGAAGCUAUUAGGAGAACACAUAAUGGUGAAAGUGUUAGCGCGUUGUUUGAGAUUAUGAAUUGA